UAUAACUAUCAUCGUAAUUCUUCUGAAGGGUAUAAUAACAAUAAAACUGGGAAUGGCAAAAGUCGUUUUUUAGACCAGCGAAACUCCUUCCCGAACAAACGAGGAAGAGGGGGGAGACAGUUCAACAAACCAAACAAUCGAUAAGUCCACAGCAUACUAGGAGCAGUAUUGAGGAAGAUUGUACAGGAUCAGGCAGAUGCAAUCGUAAUAGCCCCGUUAUGGCCAACUCAACCUUGGUUUCCAAAAAUUCUACAGUUGCUUGUGGAUUGUCUCAGAAUUUUACCAGUGAAGAAAUCACUUGUGACACUUUCGUUCAACAAAGCAAAAGUUCAUCCGCUCCUCAACAAACUUCACCUGACAGCGUUCAAAUUGUCCGGGGAUCAUUUGAAAGUCAAGGUUUAUCAAAAUCAGUUGUCGACAUUAUCAUGCAUUCAUGGCGAGACUCCACAAAACAACAAUAUUGGAGUUAUAUCAAAAAGUGGGUGUGUUUUUGUAUUGAAAAACAUGCUGAUCCCAUGUCAUCAACUGUAAAUUUAGUUUUAGAUUUUUUAGCAAAACUUUUCCAUUCAGGGAUAGGUUAUAGUGGACUUAAUACAGCGCGAUCUGCUUUGUCUUCAUUUAUGACACUUAAUGGACACGAUUCAAUUGGCAAACAUAAUUUGGUCAAGCGAUUUAUGAGAGGAAUAUUCCAAUUGAGACCUUCACUUCCAAGAUACAAUUUUACAUGGAACGUGUCCGAUCUACUUAAUUAUUUAGAUACGUUAGAAAAUAACAGUUUGACGUUAAAACAAAUUACUUUGAAAUGUGUUUCUUUAUUGUCUUUGUUGACAGCUCAAAGGUUACAGUCUAUUCAUUUAUUAGAUAUUCGUAAUUUAGAGUUUUCGAAUGAUAUUGUUAAGAUAAGAAUAGGUGACAUUUUGAAGCAAACUAAACCAGGAAAACAUUUAAAUGAAAUUGUUUUAGAUAGAUUUGUAAAUACAAAUUUGUGUAUUGUAACUUGUUUAAAAUUAUAUAUAAAAAUGACUGAAAAAUUUCGCGGGAAAGAAAAGAAAUUUUUUGUAAGUUUUGUAGCACCGUAUAAAGGUGUAAGCAAAGACACUAUAUCCAGAUGGAUGAAAACAGUUAUGAUAGCAGCUGGUAUAGAUUGCUCCGCAUUUAAACCUCACAGUGUGAGAUCAGCGUCUGUUUCUAAAGCUUGUAGUAAAGGUUUACCACUUUCGACAAUUUUACGCACCGCAGGGUGGACAAAUCAAUGCACUUUUCGGAAAUUCUAUAAUAAACCUGUAACCAUAGACACCAGUUUCUGUAAUGCGAUACUCAGUAAUGCAAUGUAAAUAUGUUGAUUAGAUAAAUG